AUGAUAAGUUUCGACAUAACAUCGCUAUUCACAAAUGUUCCUGUAGAUGAAACGAUAUCUAUAAUUACCAACAUACUUAAGGACACUGAUUUACCUACUGGAUACAUCGCGUGUGUUAAUCAUUGUCUCACCACAGGUUACUUCCUGUGGAGAGGGGAAUACUACCUGCAGGUGAACGGAGUGGCUAUGGGGUCGCCACUGGCGCCGGUGGUGGCUAACAUCUACAUGGAGUGGUUUGAGGGUCAGGCCUUGGCAUCCGCCCCGGUACGACCGCGACAUUGGUGGAGGUAUGUUGAUGACGUGUUCGCGAUCGUCAACCGGGAACAUGUGGCUGAAUUUGUGGGACACUUGAACUCAGUGCACGGCAGUAUACAAUUCACCACUGAAGAAGAGAGAGAAGGGAUGUUGCCGUUCUUGGAUGUCCUCCCGCUGUUCCCCGGACCUUGA